UGUUCCUUUCCAUCCAUUCCUAGCUGGAAGAUGUGGGAAAAUAAAGGCUGUUCCCGAAUCCCCCUUUCAAUGCUGCUUGCACGUUAAACUGCAGGGACUGGAGAAGUCUCCAGAAAGAUGAAGCUUUUGAGGAACCUGCCUUGGCGUCGUGCUGUCCUUGCCGUGGUACUGAACCUGCUGGCCCUCAGCCUGUCCACCACAGCCCUGCUUAGCAGCUAUUGGUGUGUCGGAACUCAGAAAGUUCCCAAGCCUUUGUGUGGGAAGAGCAAGACCACCAAGUGCAUUGGUGUCCCUAUGCCUCCUGAUGGAGGGACUGCUAAUUCCUCCUUUCCAGCCCAGGAUGUGGUGCACUACAGCUGGGAGACUGGGGAUGAUCGCUUUGCCUUCCGGUACUUCCAUACGGGCAUGUGGGUUUCCUGCGAAGAGAACAUAGAAGGACCAGAUGAGAAAUGUCGCAGCUUCAUUGAACUUUCACCACCAGCUGAGAGAGGAAUCCUUUGGCUGUCACUUGGAUCAGAGAUGGUUUAUAUAAGCUUGCUGUUCAUUAGUUUUAUCCUCCUCUUGGUGGAGAUGAUGUACACAGGAAACCCAGUUUGUGGGCUCAAAGUAAAUGCCUUUGCUGCUGUCUCUUCAGUAUUGUCAGGCCUGCUUGGAAUGGUGGCACACAUGAUGUACACUCAAGUUUUCCAGGCAACUGUUAACCUGGGGCCAGAGGACUGGAGACCGCAUUCAUGGGACUAUGGUUGGGCCUUCUACAUGGCCUGGGCUUCCUUCACUUGCUGCAUGGCUUCUGCAGUUACAACUCUCAACACAUACACCAAGACAGUUCUGGAGUUCAAACGCAACCAUCAAAAAUGCUGUGAUGGGAGCUUCACUGCAGAUGAGUCUCAGCACCACCAGUGCUUAAUGCAGUCCCAGUUCUACCACAGAGACCAGCUCCAGGAAAAACCUCUAUCCUCUGUCUCAGAAGAGGUCGACUUCUACUCAGAACUGCAGCAGAAGGUGCUACAGAGGGAGCCUGAUGUAGAGCUGAACGAGAUCCUGGGGAGGUCAAUGGGGGAAGAUCCCUGUUAGACUGGAGAGAAUUCAGUGGGAGCACAAGAGAACUCUGAACAAAACAUUUGCUUCCUCUGGGAUUCUGGCUUUUUUCGUUCAUUCAUGCUAUGGGGGGCAUUUGGGGGUGGGAGUGGGGAGAUGGCCUGUAGUCCUUGUUAUCUGGGCAGUACUCUAGAUUGUUUACUUGAAACAAUGGACCACAAAAUAGGUUUAUCCAGCCAAACCUGAGGCAAAGGGGACUAUGCUGGGCACAGGAAAAUGAAUUUAUCCAACAGAGGAAUCUGUUGGGGACUGUACAGCUAUUCUUCAAAGGAAUGUCAGGGGCGUUAAAUAUUGAUACCAAACAUGGCUAUAUGAAAAGGGUGUUCAAGUAGGCACUACUGCCUUAGAUUCAGAACUAUAUAUUCUGACUGGUUUGAUAAAGGGUACAAUGCCUGCCAAUAUUAUGAUCAUAAUAAACCAAUUUAUUGAUUAGUAACUGUUUGGGCAGGGAACAGUUCCUUGGGUGACCCUGGGCCAGUCACUCUGUCUCUGCCUAACCUACCUCAUGGAGCUGGUAUGAAGGAAGGGGGGUGGGUGGAAACCAUGUAUACCACCUGGAUCUCUCUGGAGGAAUGGUGGAAUUAAAAAUAAUAAAUCCUGAGUCUUCUGAAUGUGUAUGCGUGUGCACAGUGUAGCCAAGUGAUUAGUGACUUAUUUUGCAGUUUCAUAUUUUUAUGUGAUUUAGAUCAAGGGGUGUAGGGGGG